GCCUAUACUGUAUAAUACCAGUAAUGUUCACAAAAUUAGUAUAAUUUUUUUUGUACAAUCGUUGGCUAAUAUCUGUAGAAAUAAUAUAAUUGUUUGUCAAUGUAUUUGAUCAACAAAAGUGUUGACUGUUGGGCGGCUUAAUCACUGGUGUUUGACAUAACCUCUUAAAAGAAGAAAACAGUGACAAGUGAUCGAGAUAAUAGCAAAAGAUUGAAAUUUUUUGACAUAAUGUAUGACCAGAACAGUGAUAGUCAUGUAAUGAAUGGUUUGCUUCACUCGGAGAGAGUGGCCAUUCUUGACUGUGGAGCACAAUAUGGCAAAUGUAUUGACCGUCGGGUCCGCGAACUUAACGUCGAGUCACACAUAUUGCCGUUGAACACAUCGGCACAAAAACUCAUAUCUGAUGGAUACAAAGCCAUUAUAAUAUCUGGAGGUCCCGGAAGUGUUUACGCCAACGAUGCUCUACCCUAUGAUCCCGAACUUUUCAAGAUAGGUCUACCAGUACUCGGCAUCUGCUAUGGUAUGCAAAUGCUUAAUAAAGAGUUUGGAGGAACCGUUCAUAGGAAAGACGCCCGUGAAGAUGGACAGUUCACCAUUAGUGUCGAUAAUACAUCCCCACUAUUUCUAAACAUGGACUCAUCCCAAGAGGCUCUCCUAACACACGGCGAUUCGGUAAACCAAGUGGCAGAUGGAUUCAAAAUUGUUGGAAAAUCUAGUACUCUUGUUGUCGCGAUCGCUAACGAGAAACUCAGGUUAUAUGGAAUGCAAUUUCAUCCCGAAGUAGAUCUAACCACAAAUGGCAAACAAAUGUUAAAAAACUUUUUAUAUGAUAUAACUGGUCUGACCGGCAAUUUUACGAUGCAUUCCCGUGAAAUGGAAUGUAUUGAAUAUAUCCGUAAAAUUGUUGGAAAUAAUAAAGUCUUAAUGUUAGUCAGCGGUGGUGUCGACUCAACAGUUUGCGCGGCAUUAUUACAUAAAUCACUUAAAGAAGAUCAAGUGAUUGCUUAUCACAUCGAUAAUGGCUUUAUGCGGAAAAAUGAGAGUAAAGCUGUAGAAAAAUCUUUAAGUGAUAUCGGACUCAAACUUAAAGUGAUCGACGCUUCGUAUCAGUUUUAUAACGCCGUUACCACUGUUUCCGUAUCGAAAGCCGAACCAAAUAGAAAGCGAACGACGAAAGUUCUUUGUCAGACAGCAGCGCCCGAAGAAAAGCGUCAAAUAAUUGGCGACACAUUUGUUCGCAUAUCUGACGAUAUAAUUAAAGAACUUAAGUUAAAACCCGAUGAAGUACUCUUAGGUCAGGGAACUCUUAGACCCGAUCUCAUAGAGAGUGCCUCAGCAUUGGCUUCAACUAAUGCCGAUGCGAUUAAGACACAUCAUAACGACACUGAAUUAGUCAGACAAUUGAGAGAAAAAGGACGGGUCGUAGAGCCACUUAAAGACUUUCAUAAAGAUGAGGUCAGAAUACUCGGCAAAGACCUAGGAUUACCCUCAGAACUUGUACAAAGACAUCCAUUUCCCGGUCCGGGACUUGCCGUUCGUGUCAUUUGCGCCGAAGAACCAUUUAUGGAGAAGGACUUCUCUGAAACGAGUGUUUUAGUGAAAGUUAUCGUCAAUUACUCGAAUUCAUUGCAACGGAAACACGCUCUCAUCAGUAAAGUUCAAAAUGCCAUCGAAGAAGAAGAACAAAAAUUUUUAAUAAAGUUUUCGGAAACAUACAGUUUUACUGCAACGUUAUUACCCAUUAAAAGUGUUGGAGUUCAGGGAGAUUGUCGCACUUACAGCUAUGUGGUCGCUCUUUCUGAAGAUCAAACAAAAUCACAUGAGAAUGAGUCCACAAAAUUUGAAGAUCUGAAUAUUUUAGCUAAACUGAUACCCAGGAUAUGCCAUAAUGUCAAUAGAGUUUGCUAUGUGUUUGGAGACUCCAUUAAGUUUCCCGUUCAAGACGUUACGCAAACUUUUUUAACGCCUCACGUGUUAUCCCAACUGAGAGAAGCCGAUAGUAUUGCCACAAAGACAUUAAUGACUAGUGGUUACGGAAGUGCUGUCUCUCAGAUGCCUAUUAUUUUGAUUCCAAUACAUUUUGAUAGGGAUGUUGUUUCCCGAAACCAAUCGUGUCAGCGAUCGGUAGUUAUCAGGACUUUCAUUACCGAAGACUUUAUGACUGGUGUACCUGCAAUACCUAACCGACACAUACCUUUUGAGAUUUUUAGACAAAUGGCGAUACAAAUUGAAGCGAUUAGCGGAAUAUCUCGAGUUUUGUAUGACCUGACACCCAAACCUCCCGGAACUACUGAAUGGGAAUAAUUGAUAAUCAAUAUAUAAUUUUGUCUAAUUUUUUUUUUUUUUUUUUGAUUAUAUUAUGAACAUUAAAGAUAUGCAUUUUGAGUUGAUUUUAGUA